AUGGAUCAUUUACAGUUUCUGGUCGAGUUAUCGUCGACGCCCUCCGGCAUGCCUUGCGGACACGCGCUCAUGGCGACAUGCCCCCCCGUCCCGCACCCGGCUGAUGAAAUGCCCUGGGGCCAUGGGAUAGCGAGGCUGCCGCACGAGGAGCUGAAGACGUGGGAUCUGCAGAAGGGCGAUCUGGCGAAUUUGUUAGAUUUGAGCAUGAGGCUUAACCUAGAUGGGGAGAUCACGCCUGUUAUGUCGUGGGGGAUGGUGUUGGGGCAUCCGAGGUUUGGGGAGUUGGGGGCUAGGGAGUUGGGGAUGGUUGUUGAGGAGUUGAGGCCCAAGGUUCGGUGCUAUGGGUUCGGCGCUGUGCUUGAGGAGUUUGAGGUCCGGGACGCGAUGGAGAAUAUGUUCUCGACGCUGUGA